AAACGAGCAGGUACUCUCGACUUUUGGUGAAGCUUCUCUCUGUCGCUCCUUCCCUUCACCAUCCGACGACAGUAACUUCCAUUCCAGCCCAGUUAUACGCUUCUUCUCCGUCAGCCGCAUCGCCCAGUCCCAGUCGGCAGCCAACCUCUCUCCUUUCCAACUUUCCCAGCAUCCCCGAAACACCGACUCGACUCGCGUGCCCGUUAGCACAAUUUCUACACCCUACAACCUUUAGUAUUGUAAUAUGAACUGAGCAAAAACACCGAGAGAAUCUACAGAGACCGAAAAGAUGCAGAUGGUGGCAGAAGAAGAGACUCCGAGGUCCUUGUCGCCAAUGACGCGACCUCGAUUCGGAGAAGGCGCCAGCAGUCAACCUUCAUCCCCUCUGAGGACUACCUUCACACCCGAGGUACCUACUCCGGCGCAAACCACCCUAUCGCAAGAGCUACUCCGACCGCCAACUGCCGUUUCUGUCCACUUCGGUCCCCCGACUCCAGCCGACUUCAAUCUGCCGUCUACCAAGAGCUUCAACAAUGGCUCUGCCCCACGCUCUGUCUCAGCUACCAGUCUCCGUCCACGGCCAUUCGUCUUGCGCCAUGAUUCCGACCCAACACUACGUACAGUGUCUCGCAGUAGGGAUGUGAGUGGAGGAAGCGGUACACAGACCCCACCAGAAAGACGACUAGGAGAAGAUCAGCUUGAUGCAGGAGACGAACAUGGCCGUCAAGGUUCUUUCUUUGCACGUCUGAAGGCCAUGGCUACACCCACACACUCGCGUCAUCCAAGCGAGUUCACCAAUGCUUCGGUACUCAUGACUCCUACGGAAGAGUUGGACGAGCCGUCUUUUCCUUUCUACGGGCCAUCGCAUCAACCACAGUCGCAUCACGAUGGCAGUGAAGCCGAGGGUGACAUUGAAGACUCGAUGGAUGAACUUGCCGAGGGCCAGGAGACUCGUCCAAAGCGCAAGUCUAGGAGGAAGAUGGAGAAGACUGUAUCCGCCGGCCCUUCGACUCCGCGCACACCACGCUUCCCGUCUUUUUUGCGCGAUCAUGCAGACCAAUCUCCACGCUUGCCACGUAGGGCUACCAUGACAGACAUUCCCGAAAAUUCUCGAGUAGGCGUCAGCGAGGACGAAGGCCGCGACCGUCUUGCGAAAAGCGCUUGGAGACGUGGUCUCGAAGGCGCGAGAGGUCUCAGUUACGCUCACCGCAGCAGCAGACCCACCAAUGACGCCGCAGAGCAGUCUGACUCCAACCGCCCGACCACUGCCAGGAGGUUCACUGGAUUUGCUGGCCUUGACGGCGCAGCCUCACCAUGGAGAGGUCGUGGAGAACGCCAGCAAAGUACUAGUGCUCAAAAAUGGAAACAGGUCAAGGCUGGUCUGAAGCUACUGGGCCAACGCAAAAAGGACGAGCGAGUCAAGGUUGAUCACCAAAAGUCAACAGAGCUUAUGGCUGAGCUGCUAGCCGGUUCGCCUGCUGCAAUCUUCCUGGCUAGUAUGUAUCAACGCGACGAGCACGGGCGUCGCAAGAUUCCUGUCCUGCUGGAACAACUUAAGAUCACCAUUCCUUCAAGCCAGAAUCGCGAGAGCAAGUCUGGCGAUCGUCAUAUGGUCUUUACCAUCAAUCUUGAGUAUGGUAGUGGUCCGUCACGCAUGUCUUGGACUAUCCACCGCUCUCUUCGCGACUUCAGUAAUCUGCAUCUCAAGUACAAGUUUCAAAGUCAGUCGGAACGCUACUCGAUACUCAAGACCGAAGAUCGGUCGAAAGCGAAGAUUCCGCGCUUUCCCAGGAGUACCUUCCCUUACCUUCGUGGUGUCAGAGGCUUGGCCGAUGACGAUGAAGACGAGGAUGAGAACGCCAUUGCCGAAGGAAGCGGUGCUGAGGGUGAGGCUAGUGGAACCGAAAGACCCGGUAUGAAGAAGCGACGUAGAACGUCCUUUGCUCUUUCUAGAAGAAAGUCCAGUACUGGUCAUGUGUCUGGCCCUGACGGAGUGACCGGUGAAGCCGGUAGAGCCGGCAGCAUCGCAGGCGGAGGUGCCAAAGCCAAAGACCUUUACAGCGAACGUCAACGCAGAAAGCUCGAAUAUUACCUUCAGCAGAUGAUCAGGUGGUUGGUGUUUCGCCCUGACAGUACGAGGUUGUGUAAAUUCCUCGAGCUGUCAGCUUUGUCCUUGCGCUUGUCGGUCGAAGGAGGCUACCAUGGUAAGGAGGGUCUGAUGUCCAUUAUCUCCAAGUCCGACAUCCGCAGGAGGCCUGUCACUGGAUCAGUUACGGCCUUCAUGAGAAACGCAGAGCCCAAAUGGAUCAUGAUCCGUCACAGUUACAUCGUCGCCUUGGAUAGUCCCGAGUCGCUUGAACCACGUGAGGUCUUCCUUGUCGACGGCGGAUUCACCACCAACAAGGUCAGCAAGAAGCGCUUGAGGGAUCAAACCGCGGAAGAGCUGGCCAAGACAGCUGGAAACGCCACUCAGCCGAAACAUCACAUCCUUCGAGUCUGGAAUUUAGAGAGAAAGCUGAAGUUGUUGGCGAAGAAUGAACGCCAGCUUAUGCAGUUUCAAGAAUCGAUCGACUACAUGGUACGAAACACGGUCUGGUCGCUGAAGCAUCGUUUCGACAGUUUUGCCCCAGUCCGUAAGAACGUCUUCGCUCGCUGGCUUGUCGACGGAAGAGAUCACAUGUGGCAGGUUUCGAGAGCCAUCGACAAUGCCAGAAGCUUCGUAUACAUUCACGACUGGUGGUUGAGUCCCGAAUUGUAUCUGCGCAGACCUGCCGCCAUCAGUCAGAAGUGGCGUCUCGACCGCCUGCUACUGCGCAAGGCCCAAGAAGGUGUCAAGAUCUUUGUCAUCGUCUACCGCAACAUCGAGUCCGCCAUCCCCAUCGACUCCGAGUACACCAAGGCUUCCCUUCUCGAUCUCCACCCCAACAUCUGUGUACAGCGUUCGCCCAACCAGUUCAGACAGAAUCAGUUCUUCUGGGCCCACCAUGAAAAGCUUGUCGUCGUUGACAAUGCCAUGGCCUUUGUAGGCGGUGUGGAUUUGUGUUUUGGUCGGUGGGACGAUCCGCAUCAUUCGCUGACCGACGACAAGCUGACUGGCUUCGAAUUGGAUAUGGAAGGUCCCAGGACUGCUGACAAUUGUCAAGUGUGGCCUGGCAAGGAUUAUUCCAACCCCAGAGUGCAGGACUUCUAUGCCUUGGACCGCCCAUACGAAGAGAUGUACGACCGUACCAAGGUGCCUCGUAUGCCCUGGCACGAUAUUGCUAUGACUAUUGUUGGUCAGCCUGCCAGAGACGUGGCUCGUCACUUUGUGCAGCGAUGGAACUACAUCCUCAGACAGCGUGUGCCGUCUCGUCCUACACCCAUCCUUCUUCCUCCACCCGAGUUUGACCAGAGCGAACUCGAAAGACUCGGUAUGACCGGUACCUGCCAAAUCCAGAUCCUCCGCUCUUGCACCGCCUGGUCCAUUGGCACUACGGAAACAACGGAAUGCAGUAUCAUGAACGCUUACGUCUACCUGAUCACCAACUCAGAGCACUUUGUGUAUAUUGAGAACCAGUUCUUCAUCACUAGUUGUACUGUUGAAGGCUCACAGAUCAUCAACAAGAUCGGUGACGCUCUUGUCGAGAGGAUUAUGCUUGCUCAUCAGAGAGGUGACAAGUGGCGAGCAUGUCUCAUCAUUCCUCUUAUGCCUGGUUUCCAGAACCAGGUCGAUUCGCAAGACGGAACCAGUGUUCGUUUGAUCAUGCAGUGCCAGUAUCGUAGUAUCUGCCGAGGCGAGUCGUCAAUCUUCGGUAGACUGCGUGCCCAGGGUAUCGACCCUACUCAGUACAUCGAAUUCUACGCCCUCAGACAAUGGGGCAAGAUUGGUCCUCGCAAGUGUUUGACUACUGAACAGCUCUACAUCCACGCCAAAUGUAUGGUUGUUGAUGAUCGCAGUGUCAUUAUUGGUUCCGCCAACAUCAACGAGCGCUCCAUGUUGGGCACAAGAGAUUCCGAGGUGGCAGCUAUCGUCACUGACCAGGAAAUGAUCCCUUCGGUGAUGGGAGGCAAGCCUUAUGAUGUCGGCACGUUCCCCCACACGCUUCGUAUGCGCCUCAUGCGUGAACACUUGGGCAUUGAUGUCGACGAGAUUUACCGUCGCGAGUGUGAAGCUGAGAAGGCGUUCCAGGAUGAAGAGAUGGAGCGCAUUUACAGAGAUGACUUCAUCACCCCUCCUGAAACUCCUACAGCCCACGGCUUGACAGAGGAGAACUUGAGCCAGAAUAGUGAACCAGACGGUAAGGCCGGUGUGUUGCACAACUUCCUCAACGAGACCAACAGCGUCCAGCCUAGCCAAGUGGACGGGGCUGGUGGAAAGAAGCAAUCGAUGGACAGAACGCACGAUCUUGACGUUGCUGGCUUUGGCACCGAUAACAUGAAGAACCUUGAGGGAGUGGCCGACAUGUCUGCAAGAGAUACUUACAUCACCAGCCAUGGCAAAGAGGUGCUUAAAAGUAGUCACCUACUUGACUCCGCUGCACGCCCCAGAUCUUCCUCGCUGAGAAAGGACAUGAUACAUCAACACCACCAGCAUCAUCCUCACAACGCUGCCGAAGCUGGCCACUUGCUUCCUCCAAAGAUGCCGCCUCGUAUGAAUACUCGUGAGCUUGGACUUACGCAAUUGUCUCAACUUCCUCCUCUGCCUGUCCUUGAUGAUUCAGACAUAGGAGGUCCGUCAUUACUCAAGGAAGUCACCUCUGAGAAUGCGCAUAUUAUCAAUCCGCUGCUGAAAUCCAUGACGCAUCCUGUAGUCGACGAAGACUGCAUGCGCGAUCCACUGGCUAACGACUUUUACAAAAAGAUCUGGCAUCAGGUUGCUGAGAACAACACUCGCAUCUACCGCCAAGUCUUCCGCUGCAUGCCCGAUUCCGAUGUCCAGUCAUGGCGUGAGUACCGCGAAUUCAAUGCAUACAACGAAAAGUUCAUGCUGUCGCAAGGAAUGGGUACCAGUGCGCCACUUGCCAAGGAAUCGAAAGAUGCCCCUGAUACUAGUGGUCCUCCUGGUUCUGGCGGCGCUGAUACCCUUUCCUCCGCCGCGGCACUCUCUGAGCGUGCUAGCAAACACGCCAGUAACAGAUUAAGCGGCUUGAGCAAGAAGCUCUUUGGUGGUGGUCGUCCCAGCACUUCACAUUCUAACGUUACCGCUGCCAAUGACGAUAUGUCCGAGAAACAAGCAAUAGAAGGGGGUCCUCGUGCUUCCGACUCAGCUCUCACAACAAAUCCUGACGACCAAGCCGGCGAAGAACAACUCGACGAGAAGGUGGCUCUAGCCCAACGUAACGACAACGCCAACACUGAAGCUACCCUCGCGGCACCUCCUCUCGAUGGCGCCGCUGCAACCCCCAGCACCACCGCCAAUGGAACCAUUCCUCGCAUCAUGAAGGCCCGCACUAUCCAAUUCCCAGAAAUGACCGAGAAGGAAAAGAACAUGAACUUCGAGCCUGGACAAGUUCAGCAUGCUGCCACCACUGGCACUACUACAAGCAACACAAACAACAUACAGCACAGCACUUCCACUAAGCGUAGACGCAAUAGAGCCAACACCAAGGGAAGCAUGAAGACUGCUGCCUUCGUUGAAGAUGUGUUGACAAAGGAGGAGGCUGAGGGUUUGUUGAAGUUGGUGCAGGGCCAUUUGGUCACUUGGCCUUAUGACUGGCUUGAGAGAGAAGAAAAGGGCGGCAACUGGCUUUACAACAUCGAUCAAAUUGCUCCUUUGGAAAUUUACGAUUGAGCGAACUGCUCGAUGUCCCGACCGCUGUCUUGACGGCCCCGAGCCGACUUCAGCCUUUUCGACUCGACCAUUCCGAGUUCGACUUUUCCUUUGACUUGACCCCAUCAACUCGUCACACUACAACUCUUUUCUUUCUUUGUUCACCAUACACCAGAAGACAUCCAUUUUCCGCAUUCGGCUUUACAGCGGCAUUCAGUUCGGCGUUGUCUUU